ACCUACCCAUGCAAAAGAAUUAUUUCAUGGAAGACUUGACUUUCACCAUUUUGUUCUGUCUAGAAGAGAUGCCCACCAUAUAUUUAUGAAACGAAAAAGGAACACGUUAUAAAAAUAGCUUAGGAAUUUUCUUGGCAGCUGCAGGUGUGGAAAAAAAAUGACUUGAGUUUGCAUAAAUAGUCCCAAAGAUAAUGGACACAAUCUGCAACUCGAGCUUCCAAAUAACCUAAAAGUUACAAAACAUCAUUCAAGAAAUGGACCGGCGGCUUUAUGAAGCAGUUUUCAGGGGAGAUAUUCCAGCCAUUCAUAAACUCAUAGAAGAAGAUGAAAACAUAAUAAAACAAACGAUUCCAGGAUCAUUACACACCAUAUUGCAUCUAGCAGCUAGACUUGGCCACGUAGAAUUGGCCACGGCUAUCGUGAAACUGUUCCCGGAGAUGGCGUCGGCCGAAAACCGGGAUCUUGAGACGCCUCUACAUGAAGCAUGCAGAGAAGGAAGGAUUGAAAUUGUGAGAAUCCUGCUUGAGAAUGAUCCAUGGGUUGGUUACAAGACGAAUUUGUGGGAUAAGAGUGUGCUUUAUAUAGCAUGUGAGAGAGGUAGAAUCGAAGUGGUUAAGCAUUUACUUAACAAUGUCCAAAGGCUAUUGAUGCUUGAAGUUGAUAUGUUGACUAGUUCACUUCAUGUUGCAGCUUCUUCCGGCCAUACAGAAAUAGUGAAGGAAGUGGUUAAAGUGCGACCAGAUUUUGCUUGGAAAAAGGACUUGAACGGGUGCAGCCCGUUACAUAUAGCUUGCAGCAAAGGCCACUUAGAUAUAACUAGAGAAUUGUUAAAGCUGGACAUGGACCUCUCUGCCCAACAAGAUAAUGAAGGCAGAACACCACUUCAUUGGGCUGUGAUUAAAGGACGAGUGAGCAUCAUUGAUGAGAUACUCUCAUUGAGUCUUGAAUCUGCUGAAAUGGUAACCAAAAAUGGAGAGACCAUUCUCCAUUUGGCUGUCAAGAAUAACCAUUUUGAAGUGCUUAAGUUUUUGAUGGAAUGUCUUAAUGUUUCGAAUCUCAUGAAUCUUCAAGAUAAUGAUGGAAAUACCAUUCUCCAUUUGGCAACUGUCAGGAAACUCACCACGAUGGUCAUUUAUCUACUUAAGCUUGGGAUUGAAGUAAAUGCAUUGAAUCAAAAAGGAUAUACAGCUUUAGAUGUAGUUGAAGCAGAUGCAAGUAACUCAGGUGCACUUGCAAUCAUCCCAGCAUUACAAGAAGCAGGUGCUAAAAGAUGUGACCAAUUACCUCCUGUUUUUCAAGACAUCCAGCAGCUAGCUUCACCAAAUAUGGUUCCCUGGCCAAGAAAAAAUACCUUUGAAUCUCCAUCCUCCUCAUCUCAACAUUCUUAUAAUCAUCAAAGGAAGCACAAUACUAAUAGUUAUCGCGCUACUAGGGCAAAGAAAAUCCAGCUCCAAAGUGAAGGUCUAAGAAAUGCAAGAAAAACCAUAACAGUUGUAGCAGUGCUAAUAGCAACUGUCACAUUUGCUGCUGGAAUUAACCCCCCUGGUGGAUUUAAUCAACUUAGUGGAAAAGCAUUAUUGGGUAAAAAUGCAGCAUUUAAGGUAUUCUUGGUAUGUAACAUUGUGGCACUAUUCCUUUCCCUUGGAAUUGUUAAUGUUCUUGUUAGUGUUAUUCCAUUCAAGAGAAAGUCAAUGAUGAAACUAAUGGUGGCAACACACAAAGUAAUGUGGAUUUCAACAUUUUUUAUGGCAUCAGCUUAUAUAGCUGCAAUAUGGGCAAUUAUGCCACAAGGAAAGGGGUCUAAUUGGGUGCUAACUGAGGUUGUGGUUAUAGGUGGAGGGUGCACUUUGGCUGUGUUUCUCAGUUUGGGAAUUUUGUUGGUUAGACAAGUGCAAAGGAAGACAGAUUGGAGAAAAAGAAGAGAAAAUAAGAAGAUGAAAGAGGAAAGUCCAAAGAGUAAUACUAGUACAGUUGAAGAAAUGAAAGUUGUGAAGAAAGAUAGUCAUGAGGGUAGCAGCAACUCAGAUGUUGAUAGCUCAGAUCAAGGAUAUCAUUUGUAUUAAUAGAUGAUUAGUUACCUCCAUUUGUAGAUUCUUAUGAUCUGCAGUCUUUUAAUAGAGAAUAAUUAAAAGCCAUAUGUAUAUUUGACAGAUGCUAUUUAUUUGUUGAAAUAUUUUCCAUUAAUAGAGACUUGUAUUCUUUCA